AUGGCGCUAGAUGGUGUGCCGGCAAAAAUCAUCGCAAUGAUAAAGGCCUACUAUCGCUCCACUACUGCGAGAGUCCUGGUCCGCAACAAUCUUUCCCAACCGUUCGGUAUUCGGUCCUGCGUCCGACAGGGUUGUAUCCUGUCACCCAUACUGUUCAACUACGCUAUUGACUGGAUCCUCGGGAGGGCCCCACGCGAGAGUGACGGCGUUGAGUUUUCCCCCGGACAUCGACUGACUGAUCUCGACUAUGCCGAUGAUAUCGCCUUAGUUGCUUCAAGUUUUGGUGAUCUGCAGUCUAUGGUGUCACGCGUGAACGAGGUCGCUAAAUCUGUCGGUUUGUCCAUAAACGCUGGGAAGACCAAAGUGUUCUCAAGCUGCAUCCCUGACCAGGAGAUGGCACCCCUCGGGAUUGAUGGCUGUCAACUUGAAGAAAUAGAUAGUUUUAAGUACCUCGGGGCGAGGCUGCUGCAUAAUGGACAGAGUAAGGACGACAUUGUCUCCUGA